AUGGUGUACCUCCAGCAGAGCUCCAGAGACUUCCAGAGAAUCUAUGCCAAGGUGGACUGGAUGUCAGCUAUACCCGAUGACAAGCCCCUCUCCGCAGUCACUAUCCCGGGCACCCACAGAAGCAUGACCCUGUACGGUGGCCCUCUCGUACAGUGCCAAGCGUGGAGUUUGAGCAUCCAGUUGGACGCCGGACUCCGAUACUUUGACAUGGAAGUGCAGGAGAACUUCUUCACCAAAAACAUAGAGGUUCUGGAUGGGGCUAUAAUACACCAGCAGUUCAGAGAAGUUCUCGGCAUGCUGAGGAGCUUCCUGCUCAAACACAGCAGUGAAACCGUGGUGCUGAGGGUGAAGACCGAGUCCAGGGGGACUAUCAAAAUCACCAAAAAUAUGAUGAAAAACGAUGGCGAUGUUUGGUGGGAACCCUCUGUACCCACAAUGGCAGAAGUGAGGGGCAAAAUUGUCUUCAUGGAGAGCCAAAGCGUGAAUCUGGGGGUUCUCAACAGAGAUACGAGCAUCAAGGGAGACGAGUACUUCAAGAACCUUGAAAAGAAAAUGAAAAUAAUCGUAAAUCAUCUGAAUCAAGCAAAGGACAUUUGUGCAAAUUAUCCAGUGCUGACUGCAUCCAAUGGGAGAAGAUAUCUGUGGAUUAUCAAAACCCCAAAAAGUGUUGCUAAAGUUAUCAACCCUGAACUUUUCAAGUAUCUUAAUAAUUUGCUGAAAAGCCCACAGAAGCCAAUGUGUUUGGGGAUUAUCGCCAUGGACUUUCCAGGCCCAGACCUCAUUGAGCUCAUUAUAAAGUUCAAUGGCAAAUCAGAAAACAGUGGAGCUAAAGGAGAAGGUGGCAAAAAAUGGGAGACUGGAGGUGGAGGAACUGGAGCAGAUGGAGUUAGAAUUGUGGAGGGAAAUGGAGAAUGUGGAGAUAAAGGAGGAAAGGUGGAGAGGGUGAAGAUGGAGCAGAAGCUAGUGAGGGUGGAAAUGCAGGGAAAGGUGGUGGGGGUGGAGAUGGAGAAGGUGGUGAGAGUAAAGAUGGAGCAGAAGGUGGUGGUGAGGGUGGCUAUGUAG